UUAUAUAAUCCACAUUUUCCAAAAUGUCGACAGACGCAAAACAAGCUAAGAUGGACAUUGACAUAUCUUCUCAUGACAAGGGAGUCCUCAAUUGUAUAUUUAACCCAGGAUUACCUUAUGGGGAUUGUGUAGAAGAGGACAAACCCGAACCAGCUUUAUAUAUAAUUGAGGAGAGUGAAGAAGUGAAGCAGGCGAAGGCUUUAGAGCUGGAAGCAGUCAAGGCAGCUGAGUCGGGCGACCUUGAAACUGCCCUUGACCUCCUGAAUGAAGCUGUGACCAGGUUCCCUGACUGGGCAUCCUCAUAUAACAACAGGGCUCAAGUUCUACGCCUACAGGGAGAUGUCAAAGGAGCAUUGGAUGACUUGAAUAAAGCUGUAGAGCUGAGUCGGGGCGAGGGCAAGGUGGCGUGUCAAGCUUAUACCCAGAUGGGACUCAUCCACAGACUAGAAGGUGAUGACACCCAGGCAGUGGAGGACUUCAAGAGAGCUGCCCGGCUUGGCAGUGAGUUCGCCAAGCACCAGGUGGUGGCACUCAACCCCUAUGCCGCACUGUGCAACCAGAUGCUAAGUGAGGUCAUGCAGAAAGUCCGUCGAGGAGAACAGUAGAUCCGCCCAGAUUGUGUUUAACUCAAAUGACAGGUUAAUUUAGUCUCUUUCUCAUAGACCCAAAAAGAUCCAGGGUAGAAUAUGUCUUCAGCAACCAUGCUUGCCAUAAAAGGCGACUAUGCUUGUCACAUGAGGCAACUAACGGGAUCAGAUGGUCAGGCUCGCUGGCAUGGUUGAAUUAUGUCGUUGUAUCCCAAUUAGCUUGGAUCGAUGCUUAUGAUGUCAAUCACUGGAUUGUCGGAUUAUUUACAGACCACUGUCAUAUUGCUGGAAUAUUGCUGAGUGCAGCGUUAAACAACAAAGAAACUAAAGAUAGAAGUAUGCAAUCAGAUUUAUUGUUUUGUUUCUAUAUAUAUAUAUUUAUUCAUCAAAGUGACUGUAUCGCUAGCUUCAGCAUGUGAAGCCGUGCAACCAAUGUAAACAAAUGGAAAUGGAAAUAGUUUCUCACGUUUGGGGAUAAUUUUCCAAUGAAAUUUAUCAAUUCUAUGACAUAUGUUUAUCAAGAUGUGUAGACUUGUCAAAAAUGAAACAGAUGAAAAACAUAUGCAAUAUCUUAAAUGGACUUUGUAAGAUUUGAUUCACUUGGCUGUGGCAGAGGUACUAUGCUGGCCGCAUAGAAGUCUGGGUAGGAGAGUGCUAAGUGCCUUGGCACUAUUUUCUUUAUUUAUAGCUGUUUCAAUGACGGGUCAGACAUCGUCAGGCAAGACCAUAUAUAUUUUUAUGUUGCGUAUGUGUGUGAUGCUAAUGCAGUUGGGGUUGUUUUGAAUUUUUUUUUUUGUUUGGGUUUGAAAAGGGUGUUGGUUUUUAGAGACAGUUGUUUUGCUGAAGUGUCUUUCAUGUGUGACCAAUAGAAUAUGUUGUUGGGAUAUCACUUAUGUGUGAAUUAUGAAAUAUAUCUUUAUGUGCUUACUUUACAGAUUGUCCUGGGGGUAUUGCUAGUUCAUUCCAGAGUGCAUUAUGUUUUAAAUAGAUACAGAGUAUUGUGGUGUUAUUUGUGACAAGUAUUAAUAUAUUAUGUUACAUAUAUGCUGUAAAAGGCGAUUUUGCUUGUCGUAAGAGGCGACUAAUGGAAUCAGACAGUCUGGCUCGCUGACUUGGUUGAUGCAUGUCAUUGUAUCCUAAUUGCGUGGAU